ACUUGCAUGGCUUUAUCGCGCGCAUAUCGCCAAGAUGUCGGGGGAUGUUUUGCGGAACGUGCAGCGGCUGCUUUUACGAGUUCAUUCGUGCAAUGAGUCGUCGCUCGAGCACGCCUCGAGUCUUCGCCAAAUCAUAGUUAUGGUUUAAGGCUACUAUAAGAAAGUGCGUAGCUUGCCAAACGGAAUCAAGUGCUGCGAGAGUGCCUACUCUUGCGAGUCUUAAAACGCCUCCCACAUUUUUGCUCAGCAUUUAGUCUUUUGCUUACAAUCGCUGUUAGCUAAAUAUCUUUCUCUCUUGUACGUAUGUUAAAUUUUCCGAAACCAUCAAAUCAAACCUAUAAACCUCAGCUUCUAUAUAUACAGUGUACAUCUACGUACAUCCUACGGCCUACCGCAAGUCCAUCAGUUAUUCAGUGUUCAGGUUUAGCCUUUGUGCGCGAGAUAUCACUACUGAAUUAUAUUCUUGUCCCACGAACGGUUACAACGAUUUUGUGUUCGGCAAGGCAAAAACAACACUCAACUAUAUAGCCUAUGACCGGAUAUGCUGAGGUUGGUGACAACAGUUUGAAAAAGGCAAAUAAGACAGACCGUCAAGUAUAGUAUCGUGUUCUCGCACGCACGACUUUCAUCUCAUCUCUGAUCCAAAAACAAAGGUCAGCGCUCAAGCAUACACCGAGAGUUAACGUAGCACCGGCUGUAGUUAAGAAAAAUAGCGAGAAUUUAUUCGCUUCAGUCAUUGCCAAGACCCUCGUUUUCUCGGCCUAUGACUCUUAGGAACCGCGGUCUUUCAUGGAAUAUAGCUAAGACGGAAUAAGAGAUAGUGCGAGACUACGAGAGAACAACGAGAACAAGCGAAAGAAAGAGAGAGAGAGAGAGAGAGAGAGGGAGAGAGGGAGAGAGAGAGAGAAAGAGAGAAAGAGAGAGAGAGACUGAUGCAAAGUGCGUAUAGCACGUUUCGACUGCCAGGCUUUUCCACGAUACUCGCACCAAAAGGCGGCUAUUCUUGAUCAUCUACUCUCUACUCUUCCUUUGGACGUCGUUGUCUCCGUCGACAGUGCAAUUCACACGCACCGCAAUCUUCAUCGAUAAAAUAAAGAUUUCGAGCAUCGUCUUGUUUAUCAAGAGCUGUAAGCAAGAUUCUCGCUUUGAAGGAAGAGGAAUGGGUGCAAAGACCAGCACCAUUACACAAAAUACUAGUGGCAAUGGCCAAUCUACCACAGGAGCAAAUGAAACCACUAUGCCAGGUUUUCCAACUCUACGUUCAUUACCAGGUGGAGUUGGAAUGCUACAGCAUCAGCAAGCUAAUCAAUCUCAAUCAUCGAGAGUAUCAGCCGAUAGUAGACAAAGAGCAAGAUCUUUGAGUUCUGUUCCUGAUUUAUCUGCUGAUCAAGGUGCUCUUGCUUCGGCAGUAGGUGUAGGCCAAGUCUUAGGACUACCACAAUUAGACGGAGAAGAUUUAGAUGAGGAAAGUAGUAGAGUUUACGCCGCACAUAGUUUGCCUUCUCACAUUUGGUCCCUAAAUGAGGUUGUACCUGCGCACGCGGUUAGACGAGUCUUUUAUGGUUUGAAAUGUCCAGUAUGUUCAAAAUUUAUUUUGCCAGAUGACAUAGAAUGUCACCUGGUUAUGUGUUUAACUAAGCCUCGUCUUAGCUAUAAUGAGGAUGUACUUGCGGAUGAAAAGGGAGAGUGUGUUAUUUGCUUAGAAGAUCUUCAACCUGGUGAUGUGAUAGCUCGUUUGCCCUGCCUGUGCAUAUACCACAAAAGUUGCAUAGACAAAUGGUUCCAAGUGAAUCGCAGUUGCCCAGAACAUCCUGGUGAUUGAUGUGAACCGAGUGCUUGGGAAAGCAGCGAGGCACUGAAAUGAUUUGUUACGAAAGUCUAUCGACGGCUGCAGCAGGUCAAAAAUGUUGCCGUAGCAUUGUCAUGUGACUAAAAGUGGAUACAGGGAACUCAAAUCGUGGUUCAUGGAAAACAAGCUAGUCAAGGUGGCCACUAGUCCGUGAUGUGUUGAUAAUUUACACGCAAACAAAGAUAGCAAUUUUUGACGAAUUAUCUUUUGACCACACAUGGUACUGUAAAAAAUGAUCAUAAAAGACAGUUACGUACGAAUUCAAAUCGUCAAAUACUACUACUCAUAAAUCUAAGAGACAUUGGAAAGAAUCGCCAUAAGAUUCAAUGAUACAAGUUAUUAUCUUAACGUCGUAUCUAUGAUUAAUUAUUCUCUUUCUGCUAACGCUUUCAUAAAGAAACAAAAUUGAACAAAAAAUACAUUGUUUAUUGUAUAUUUCUGAAAUAUUUGUAGAUUUCCAUUAUUAAUCAGUUCGUUAUGAAGUU